UGUGGGACAUUUGAUGACAUUUCACCUAUAUCCUUUCUGGAAGUACAGCUCAAUUUAGAUUACCGACGUAUUUGGGACAAAGAAAGCAUUACGCGUCUCGAGAUUAUCGGUUCCUCUGGCUCAAACGACGAAGCUGAAGUUUCUUUAUCUCAAGAACCUUCAUACAACGAUAAUACCACCGAGGAGGCUCGUUCUAUUGAAACACAAAUUUUGCAUGCUGAACCACGGCAACAGGACGUCAAGAAGGGUCUCGCGCUUUUCGUUUCCCGUGCAAUACCUCUCGAAAAAAUAUUUUAUCAUGAAUCUGUCUCUAAUGAGGAUUACGAAGAUGCUAUACAUGCAAAUAGUGACUCCAGGAUUAGAGUAUCCCUUCCUUCGCUUAUGACCACGAAGGACAAGCGAUCACAUUCUCUUAAGCGCCAAGAAGAGACCGUGUUUGUUCAGGAUUACGCUUCGAACCUGUUGAUUAAAGCUCAUAAUCAGUUCGAUGAAGUAGGUUUAAAUCAUUAA